CACACACACAUAUGAGAAACCCUCAAACCAUUAGCAGCUUAGAACUCUUUCAAGACCCCCAUCUAAGAUUAAACUCCUUUCCCACCUCACAUCUUCAUUCUCCAAGGAGCUGCUUUCUUCAGCCAGAACGGAGAGAAGAAAUGGAUCAAACUGAGUACCACAGCAAACAAACCUUGACUCAGUUGAUAAACAUUCAGGUUCUAAAAAAGAUCACACAGUUGCUAGUCUCAGUUUCUGUGUUUUCUUUCUUCUUUUCUUACCCAUCUUUGUUUUCUUUCCUCCAGUCUUUCAACUUAUACUUCUCUACAUUCUCUUCCCAUCUGUUCUCCCACACAAUAGACAAAAACUGCAUAUUUCUCCUCUGCAAUGGACUCGUAGUUUUCGUUGCAAAAUACUCGGGCCUAACAAGGUCUCUGUCCGGGUCUAAUAAUAAUGAAGAAUCCUUCAAAAGUAUUGGAGAUGGUUUACAGCCCGAAUCAUUGAUAUUGGAGACCAAAGAGCCAAUGUCGGAUAAGGAAGCUUUGGUGGAAAGCAUUGGUUCUGCAGAAAAUGUUGCUGUCGAAAAGGAAAGAGAAAUGGACCAUUUCAUCAAAGAAGUCGAAAAAGAAACUGAAAAGUCAGUUGUGGAGGAAGGAGGAAGAGGAGGAGAAAGCAGGCUUUCCAUUUCAGAAGAGGAUCAAGAAGAAGAAGAAGAAGAAGAAGGAAAUGGGAUGUCGAUCAUGAGUACAGAGGAACUGAACAAGAAAUUUGACGAUUUUAUUAGAAGGAUGAAGGAAGAAAUAAGGAUUGAAGCUCAACAACAACUAGUCAUGGUUUAGUAAUCCCCCUUAAUUAUCUUGUACUCACAAAAUUAUCAAAUUUCUCUUGUUCCAAUAGUUGUUUACUCUUCUUCUGUCAGCUGUAUGUGAAAUAUGUACUCUAGGAAAUCUCUAUUCUACUCUUUGUUUCUUUUUCCUUGGAGGAGAGGGAAGGAAGAAACAUUUGUUUGUGGUCGUAGACUUGUAGUAUUUCAUUGUUCAUUGCAAGUAUAUUGUACUAAUGCGAAGCAUAUCCUAUCCUCAGCUUUUA